CUCUUGACUACAUUGCUCGUUACAGUGCUCCCACAGCUCCUGCAACUCCCCAAAAGAAUGUGCGAUCUUCAGGUCUCGGCGAAUCAAAGCUUCCAUUUUGCUCACAACCCUUUUCAAGAUUUCGCCUGCGCUUCCUGUUGCGGCCUCCUUUCUCUCGCAACCCGAAGUUACCAGGUGUGGCCUUGACUAUGAUUUCUCCUGGAAAUUAUGAGUGGUGAUAGCAAUCUUUCACCAAGCAACAAGGCCUUCUCACCCAGCCAUAACCUCAAUAUCUCUAUAGAACGAGGUUCUCAAGACAGCGAGGAACUAAUUGAGGAAGAAGCCCAUGUCCUUGAGAUUGAUGGCGAUGAGAUUGAGAAUGAUAGUGAGGAAGAACUUGAAUCGAAUGAUGGUGAACAAGAGCUUGAGCUGAAUGACGGUGAGCAAGAUCUUGAAUUGAAUGAUGGAGAGCAAGUGCUUGAGUUGAAUGGUGUUGGGCAGGGGCUUGAGAUUUUGGAGGAGGAAGAAGAAGAAAUUGUGAGGGAUGGUUCAGUCGGCACUGAUGUUCAAAAUGGCACUUCUGAUGUAAAGGAAUACCCUCCACCUUUUGUAGGAAUGGAGUUUGAUACAUAUGACGAUGCUUACAAUUAUUACAAUACUUACUCAAAAGAACUUGGGUUUGCUAUUAGAGUGAAGUCUUCUUGGACUAAGCGGAACAGUAAAGAAAAGCGUGGAGCAGUUCUCUGUUGCAACUGCGAGGGUUUCAAAACUAUCAAAGAAGCAAGCAGUCGAAGAAAGGAAACACGGACAGGUUGUCUGGCAAUGAUAAGGUUGAGGUUAGUUGACUCCAACCGGUGGAGGGUAGAUGAAGUCAAGCUUGAGCACAACCACUCAUUUGAUCCUCUUAGAGCAAAAAACUCGAAGUCACAUAAGAAGAUGGAUGCUGGUGCUAAGCAUAAAGUGGAACCAAAUCUUGAUGUGGAAGUUCGAACUAUCAAAUUGUAUCGAACGCCAGUCAUAGAUACUGUGGGUCAUGGAAGCUCAUACUCCUGUGAGAGAGAAACCGGUUUUGACAGGGCCAAGCGUUUAAAGCUUAAUAAAGGAGAUGCUCAAGUGAUGCAUGAUUUCUUGAAUCAAAUGCAGCUUAUAGAUCCAAAUUUUCUUUAUCUGAUGGAUCUUGGCGAUGAAGGGUAUCUGAAGAAUGUAUUUUGGAUUGAUUCGAGGUCCAGGGCUGCUUAUGGGUACUUCGGUGAUGUGGUUGCAUUUGAGACGACGUACUUGUCAAAUAAUUGUGAGAUUCGUCUCUUUGCAUAUGUUGGAGUUAAUCACCAUGGGAAUAAUGUGCCGCUUGGCUGUGCUUUGAUUUCAGACCCAAGCGUAGAGACAUAUAUAUGGUUAUUUAGGGCAUGGCUUACAUGCAUGUCAGGUCGACCUCCACAAACUAUCAUUACUGAUCAGUGCCAGGCCAUGCAAAGUGCAAUAGCUGAGGUCUUUCCAAGGGCUCACCAUCGUCUCUCAUUGUCAUGUGUCAUGCAGAGUAUUCGUGAAAAGGUGACAGUUUUGCAGGACUCCGAGGCAUUUCUCACAUUGCUGGAUAGCACAGUUUAUGACGUUCUUAGAGUUGAGGAGUUUGAGAUGGCCUGGGAAGAAAUUAUGCAUCGUUUUGGCAUCAAGGAUCAAGAGUGGCUUCAGGCAUUGUAUGAAGCUCGAGAGAGAUGGGCCCCGGUUUACUCGAAGGACACUUUUUUUGCCGGACAGAAUGGUUUUCAUAGAGGCAAUGCUAAGAAUCCGUUCUUUGAUGGCAAUGUGCUUCAGCAGACUUCUUUGAAAGAAUUUCUCUCGACGUAUGAAUCAUUCUUGCAACAGAAGAAGCAGAAGGAAGUUCUUGAUGAUUUGGAGUCUAGAGACUCAAGUGCCAUGUUGAAAACAUCAUCUUACUACGAGUUGCAGCUCUCCAAGUUGUAUACUAAAGCAAUCUUUACCAAGUUCCAAGAUGAAGUCGUGAUGGUGUCUUCUUGCCUGGGUGUAACGCAAGUUCAUACGAAUGGGCCGAUUGUGACAUACUUGGUGAAAGAAAGAGAUGGUGACGGUGAUCUGGAAGAUGUCAGGCACUUUGAAGUCAUGUACGACAAAGCAGGAACUGAAGUUCGUUGCAUCUGUAGCUGUUUUAAUUUCAAGGGCUAUUUAUGUAGACAUGCGUUAUGCGUGCUAAAUUACAAUCGGGUGGAGGAGAUUCCUUUCCAGUAUAUAUUGUCUCGGUGGAGGAAGGAUUUUAAGCGCUUGUAUGUACCGGAAUUCGGGUCUGACAAUAUUGAUGUUAGCAACCCAGUUCAGUGGUUUGACCAUUUGUAUAGGAAAGCCAUACAAGUUGUGGAGGAAGGGAUGAUAUCCCAGGACCAUUAUAUGGUUGCUUGGCAAGCAUUCAAAGAGUCUUUGAAUAAGGUCCGUCUUGUAGCUGAUAAAAGUAACAAUCACUUCAAUGUAUAAAAUUCUUUGCAUAGUCGAGCUGGUAUCGUUUCUGAUUU